AUGGCUCCCAAAGGAGGGGGUGGUGGUGCUGGCGCGAAGAAGUUAAACAAUACUUUCGACGGCCAACAGUCACAAUCGUCCACAACAACAAUAGCACCAUCAACAAAGAAAACAACAACAACAACAAUGACACCAAAAACAACGACCAACACACAAAGAGCUGGCCUAGUCGGCAGCACGCCAAAGCCAAAGAAUAACAGCCAACAGCCUUUCAGCAUUGCCCCUCUUGUUCUAGAGGGAGCCAAAUUGACUAAAAUGGCAUUAAAUGAUUUUUUGAAGCAGCAAUUUAGCGACAUCAAAAUUACCGACAUCCAACUCGGACGUUCAGGAAAUUUUACUUUGUAUGCUUAUGAUGUUAAAUCGUUUAAUCGUCUCCUCAACGAUUUAACGACAACAUUAGCUGCAAAUGGUCAAACCGACGUUAAAGUCUAUGUUCCUCGAUCUAUUCAACGGAUCAAGGAUACAGAAAAAAUGGCUUUCGUCAAACGGGUCGAUCUUGAAAUUCCUGAUGAUCGAAUAAGGGCAGCAUUAACGGCCGUCGGUCUUGAUGUUACCAAUGUUAUUCGGCUCACCAGCAAAGACGGAAAGACCCCAACAAGAACGAUCAAAAUAUCAUUUAAUGAUGUUCAAAAUCGAAACACCUUCGUGCAUACUGGUUUACAGGUGGAUUGCAUGCACUUCACUGCCGAACCAGCAUCACAAAACAACAAGCCGGUGCAAUGCUAUAUCUGCUUGCAAUACAAUCAUGUGGCCAAAUACUGCAAAACGAAGCAACAAGUAUGUGCCAAAUGUGGUGAAAACCACAAAUCGGACCAAUGCUCUGUUGCCAACGAUGCAGCCAAAUGCCACAACUGUAAAGGUAAUCAUUUAGCUACUUCUGAUGAUUGUCCAGUCUUCAAGGAUCAAGAAAAAAGAAUGCUAAACUUGGUUAAUCAAUACGCAACAGCAAUUAAACCAACAACAAUGGUACCGGCCCUCCACGACAUCAACCACUUCCCACCAUUACCAAACGUAUUCCAACAACGACAAGAUAGUUUCCAAAACGACUUAUUCGAUCAAAUGUUCAAUGCAUUCAGUAGCAAAAUGGAAAAAUUAAUCGAAGAAACAACAAGCCGAUUAUUCCGUAAACUACAGACAAAGAUCAAGUACAUCGAAAAGUCAAUAGGAUUAUAUGGAAAAGGCCAAGAUGAUGCUUCGACAGACUCUGACUCUGACUCUCAGGAGGAAAGUCAAGUAGUUAAGCACAUCAAAGCUAGCCAACAGAAAAAACAACUUCCAACAACCGAUUCAUCGAUAACAACCUCGUCAAAGGUCAAUACAGCUUCCAAUAUCCCUCCUCCUAAACAACUUCGAACACAAGAGCAAAUUGAAGCUAACAAUACGCACAAGAGACUGCUGAAUGAAACUAAUCUUAAGAGUGAACGUCAGUUCUCUCUCUGGGGUUACAACAUUUUCAGGAAUGAUCGAGUAGGUAAAUCUGGCGGCGGAGUUCUGCUCGCAAUCAAACGUCACAUUAAAUGUCGAGAAGUUUAUAACAAGACAGCACAAGAAAAUGAAGUGAUAGCAGUAGAGAUAGAAACCAAAGGUUUCAAUUCAAUACUUAUAUCCUCCAUCUACGUUCCACCAAAAGCCAAGAUCAACAAAAGUAUCUUCGAUGACUUAUACAGUAUUAACAACAACUGCAUCAUCGUAGGUGAUUUUAAUGCAACAUCGCAAGAAAAGGGAUCUAGUAAGACUAAUUCAAAAGGAAGACAGCUGCAAGAAUUAUAUAAAGAAGGUUUAAUUGACUGUGUCGAUGAUGAUUACACAACAUUUGAAAGACCUGACUAUGAAGAAAAACUUGACUGGAUAUUAGCUAGUCAACCACUUCUAUCAUUUAUAACAAAUGUUGAAACACAUCCAUUAUUCGGCAUAGCUUCUACUGGACACAAACCAUUAACCUUCGAUAUCCCUCUCAGAGUCGAAGUUAAACUCCCCUCUCCUAGGAUAUCAUUCAACUUCAACGCAGCCAAGUGGCCAUUAUUUAGAAGUAAAUUAGACCAACAACUGAUGCAAUGGAACAUGGAUCGACGAUUAAAUUCAACAUUAGACUUAGAAGAAUAUACUACGUUUAUCACCAAAAGCAUUUUGGCAGCAACGCAAGAAGCUAUUCCACGUAUCAAGCAAAAGAUUACAUCGUAUUCACCAAGUGAAGCUUCGAAAAACUUGAUUCAACUUAAACAUCAAGCAUAUCGAAGAUGGAAGAAGACUGGAGAUGAUAUAGAUAAACAUCAAUUCUACACGUCGAAAGUCCUACUUACAAAUUCACUUCGAAACGACAGAAGAAACAACUUUAACAAGUUAAUGUCUUCAUUAUGCCAGAAGAAAAUGUACUCGGAUGCAGUUUGGCGAACGGUACGCAAAUUCCACAAUAAGCGGAUCAAGCAAACAUAUGCGAACGUUAUGAAGUACAACAGUACUACAGCAACGUCAGACAAGGAGAAGGCAGAUCUUUUUGCGGAUUUCUUCCAAAAUGAGGUCUACUUCGAAGCGACUGACUCGCUGCCUUUUCAUAACCAAGUUACUCGUCGAACCGGCUUCAUUAGAAAAGGAAUGGCAACAAAUUCAAACACAACUAAGUGGAAGCUAAUCACUGUUAACGAAGUUAAGUACCAUCUGAAACAGCUUCGAAACAGCGCCACAGGCUCCGAUAACAUUCACAACAGGUGUUUGAAAAACUAUUCAAAAUUACUUGUUCAACAUCUCACCAAUUUGUACAAUGCAGUUUUGAAUCAAGGUUACAUUCCUAAUACGUGGAAACAAGCAAACAUUAUUCUACUAUUAAAGCCGAAGAAAGACAAACAACAACCGUCUAGCUAUCGGCCUAUUAGUCUCCUGAGCUGCUUAGGCAAGUUACUGGAGAAAAUAGUCAAACAACGUCUAAUGUCUGAACUUGAUCGACGCAACAUCUUACCAGAGCAUCAAGCUGGCUUCAGACCAGGAAAAAGCACAGUAUACAAUAUCGUGAGAUUACAACAAUAUGCUGAAAGACAGCUGACAGCUGAAAGCUCGAGGCGUCACUCGGCAGUCGUUCUCUUCGAUAUUAAAGCUGCUUUUGACUCAUUUCUCAUCAUCUGGCCUAUCAAGUCGAGUCAAUUUUCACGAACAAGCCGAUUCAUCAGUUCAUUCGCUCAUACUCUUCAAAUGAAACGGACACUCGAAUCAUGA